CCGACACACAUUCGUAAAUGUUUGUCAGCGAAAGUAAGAGCAAGGCAGCGCAUGCAUCGGCAGCCACACAUGCCUUCGAAAAGUGAACGGGCGAAAAAGAAAGCGAGAAAAAAGAAAAGGGACACAAUCUCACGGGCCACGUCAUGUCAAUCAAUAUGUGUGGGGCGUCCGUCCGAUCCAAGCUGCAGCCGAAUGAGGGCGAGAGAAAGACAGUACAUCUCACUGUGUUUAGACGAGAACGCGGGUGAUCGAUGGCUCUGUCCAUCUCUUACCUUCUUCACUUCUUUUUGUGCUUUUUCUGCGCCUUCUGCGGUCGGCUCGCCUCCAUGUCCAGGAUCGCAUCGAGCGAUUCCUUACUCGGCUCGCUCGACUUGGGGCACAGGUUGGCAAAGCUGAGCGUGCAAGGGUGCUCGUCGAUGUCGAAAUCGCAGACAAAGUCGGCAAGAGUCACGGAUUCUUCGCCUUCGUCGGCAAUAGAGCGGAUGGUGCCGGUGUAGUACUUGUCAAACAGAGACUCGCCCUGAUCACGGUUGCACCGCCGUACCUUGCACACCCCCUUUUUCUUCUGAGCUUGUUCUUCUGGGGUGAGGCAGAAUUUGAAUGAUGCGAUUUCUUUGUCGUCGCAGGCCCAGUUGCAAGAUGGCGCACAUUUGGCACUGACGGGCAGGGAGCAUUGCACGUCUCGCUUGUCGGCAGGGUCAAGUUUGGGCUUGAAGAGGCAGUGGGGGCUCUCGCUGUGAGGUUCGAUGGGAGACAGACAGAACAGAUACGUGACCAAUGGAUACAUUCAAUGGAUCGUACACAAAAGCGUCCUCAUCACAUGUCGGUAAGACAUCACACCUGUGGGGUUCGAAGAUCUUGCCGGGGAAGAGCUCCAGCUUCUCCCUGCAACGCAUCCAUUCACACAAAGAAUACCCAGGCAUGCACGAUGUCUCUUUCACAUGUCUCUCUCAUAUGUGUGUGAGUACGAGUUGCAGAGAGCGGCGACGCAUUCGAGAGGCUCCGGGAGACCAAUGUCAAUGUCCGUCGGCUCGUCGGCGUACACGCAAUGCUCAUGCGCAGCUAUCUCGGCGGCCGCAUCGCACCCAGGCAGCUGCAUACACAAAACAGACACAUGCAAGCAAGAAGGCAUAUAGAAGGCAUAUCAAGAAAACAGGCGACGGCUCAUUAAUGACACAACCUGGCAUUCGGGGUUGAACUUUGCCAGAAUGGGGUUGACAUCUGGCUCCGCUAGCUGCGGUGCGUCAUGACACUUGCUGUCAUCAUGAUGAUGGAGCUGCUCGGCGGCAGCACCCUUCACGAUGAGCACCAGGACGGAAAAUGCCACAUACAGCAUUGUCAUGUGCCGGCAGCCUUGUUUGCAA